UCUUAAAUAUAUCUGAAACCUGCUUAACUUCUAUGCAAACAUUAAACAACUAAGAAUGCAUAUUUCAUCCUACAUGUUAAUACUAAUUUUCUCUCUCUUUUCUCAAGGUUUUUUACUUUCAGUUUCAAAGUCUAUGCGAAAGGUAGAAGAUGAUGAUAUGAUACUAAAUGCGCUCAAUAUAGGAAAAGCUCUUUGGAAUGGAGGUAAAGCAGAGAAGACAGAGACUACACCUACUCUUGAGCACUACAAGAUGGAGGACAGCAGCUUUCUGGAUGAGGAGGAAGACAGAAACCCAAAAUUCUUAAAUAUAGGUUCCAAACACAAUUUCAUAAGCCAUGGUUCGCCACUGAACCUAGGUAUAAAACAGCUACCUUAUCUUGCAUCGAAAGGAUCUAUGGCUUUUCCAGCUGACACUGAAAUUCAGAAUAUUGAAUCAAUACAGGAAAGGAGAGAGACCGGGGAUGAAGAAAACUCAGCUAAAUUUCCUAUAGGAAGGAGAGAUUUUGACAGUAAGUGUAUGUGUAUUUUUCCACAGAACAAAUAUUUCAACUUAGAAUAUAAAAAGAGUAAAAUGAUUUUUUUCUUCAGUGCUCAGGUGUAUGUUGGGAAGAGUCUAUCGACCUUGUUGGCAAGUUUGAAAACUGUUGGCCUCCUCUCUAAAGAAGCAUUGGUUACCAAUUUAAUGAAACUUGAAGUUACUGUGCUUUUGGUAUUGCUAUAUAUGUACAUCUAAAUACUUCUAUCUGUAUUUCAAAAUAG